UGGAGAUAGACAGACACAAUCCAACCCUACCCAAUCGAAAAAAACAACCAACCAAGCAAUCGCUAAUAAAGACAGCGCCAGCAAUGAACAGCAAAGCAUCACAUGUGGUAGAUGAAUCUGGAGCGGUGGCCAUGUUUCAUAUCCCAGCAAGCAGCAGCAGCAUUAGCAAUCAGAUGGAUUUGCCGUUUCGCCCCGACACAGUCGACGAGAGCGACGAAGAAGCGAGUCACGGCGUGUUUAGCUUUACCGAGUUUACUCCGUUUGUGUCGUAUCCAUUGGUGUUUCCCUACCAAGACGAAGCGGGUGGCUACGGCAUGAACACGUCGCGCAGUAUGCUGACUAGCACGGACAUGUCCUACCUGAAAAGUGUGGAUUCGGCCUUGUGGAAAUCCUCGGAUCCAACAUCGGAUGGAAGCAGCAAGCGCAUGAAAAUGGCACCGCCACUGCAAGAUGCUCCUUCUUCCUGUGUUAUCAUGUACGAAACCAUUCUACAAAAUCCACUCAGUUUUCCUACCGCUGCCAAUACGCCCACAACCGAACUUAACCCAAAAACGCGAGACGAGGAAUCACCGUCUAGUAGUGAUUCCUCCUCCUGUGCUUCAUCAACUUCACCAUCAUCGUCAUCCAGCAUUAAAGACACCGCCAAGGAUACCAGCCUCAGCAAGAACAAGGGAUCUCACAAGAGUUACCCAAAAACGAAGGUGACGGCAAUAAAAAGAAGAAGAACCAAACCCCACUACAAGAUUGACAUGCAGCUUUUGCAUCGUCCAACAACAGUUCACGGAACUUGAACAAGAACAUUACUUUUAAGAAUGGGAUGUGGAGGAAAAAAGAUUCCUCUCCCAAAUGGACCAAGCAGGGUAGGGUGGAGACCGGCUCUUCACGGGUACACAUGACACAAGCACAAGCAAGAUCGUCCCACACAAGAAUGGAAAAAGUGAUCAAGAAACACACUGCCAUGAAACCUGCCUGCCAUACCGGGCCCAAGUAAGGCAAAUCCAAGACGGAGACUUUCCAUACGGUACCAAGAACAUGCAAUCCACAAAUACGGUAGUAUGGAUGAUUCGAUUCGAUUCGAUUCGAUUCAACUAGAUCUACCUGUAGGGUGCCAAUACCAUGGGGGCAAAAGAGGAAAUCAAGAGGAGCAUGUUUGGAGAGAAGCAAAGCAUACAACGCACCUCCUUCAGCCGCACAAGCAUGAUGCACUCCAUGGUACCUGCCUUUUCCGAAGCAUGGAUUCGAUUCGAUUCGAUUCGAUUCGAUUC